AUGCGGCGCUUUGAGCUAUCGACGGAUUACCGCUUGCCGCAGAUAGCGGCCCCGGUGGCGUUAUCGAGCGUUGGGAGCGAACAGUUGCGCGAAAUCGAACCGAACGAGGAAUCGACACAUCGGCCGCCACGCCAAGAUAGGUACCCGAAUGUGCGAAAUCGCCACGUCGAGAUAAAUCCCCGGACGCUUUCGGAACGGAGUGCCUUGUCGCACGGCGCGGAUUCGGGGGCCAGUCGGAAAAAACCGGACUCGCGCACGAAUGGUUCCGUACCACUCUCCGUAAAAGUGGCAAAAGAAUCAAGCUCG